CAACCGGAGCGGGUCCUGCGGGUGCUCCGGGUCCUUCCUGCCCUGAGCUUCCCCCCGAACACACACCGAUCACCGGAGAACAAACAGGAAAUUCACCCGAAAUCCUCCAGAACGCGAGCGGGUCCCGGGUGUCAUGAUGGGCGGGAAGACGAGCGCGAUCGCCGCGGGAGUGUGCGGGGCUCUGCUCGUCGGCUACUGCGUCUACUUCGACCGGAAGAGACGGAGUGACCCCAACUUCAAGAACAGCCUGCGAGAGCGGAGGAGGAAGCAGAAAGCAGCCAAGGAGAGGGCGGGUCAGGCAAAGCUUCCAGACCUGAAGGACGCUGAGGCGGUGCAGAAGUUCUUCCUGGAGGAGAUCCAGCUGGGGGAGGAGCUACUGGCUCAGGGAGACUAUGAGAAAGGCGUGGACCACCUGACUAACGCCAUAGCAGUGUGUGGUCAGCCUCAGCAGCUGCUGCAGGUCCUGCAGCAGACUCUGCCGCCGCCCGUCUUCCAGAUGCUGCUCACCAAACUGCCCAGCAUCAGCCAGCGGAUCGUGAGCGCGCAGAGUCUGAGCGAGGACGAUAUAGAAUAAGGAGACGGCCGAGAGGAAACCACUGCCGCCCUUCUUCACUCAUCCUCCUCUUCCUCACGCAGACCUCCUCCUUCCAUCAUGACCUGCCAACGCCUCGGCCUCCGUCAGUCUGGUCGACGUCCAUCACGUCCCACCGUCCUAAAGGCAACUAGUUUUUUAUUCCUGGUUUAUCCAUGACAGUAGUGCUUGUUUUUUUUACUAAUUUACCCGUUUUGGGGUAAAAUAUCUCCAUCACAAAGCCCCAAGAAACGUAAACAAGCUCCAACAUUAGGUACUGACUAACUGGACUGGGUCAAACCUACAUCAGCCCCUUCGGCCUUGUCCACCAGGGUUACACUGUCGGACAUGUCUGAAUCGGCCGUUUCCAUGAUGAUACGAGUUGUAGAAAGUUACAGAACCGAUCAUCUCGUCUUCUCUCAGUAUUUAUUGUUUUGUUAUCAGCUGUCGCUCUGUUCGGUCUAGACUUGGAAACACUUUUUAGUGAUCAAAUGUUUUAUUCAUGUGAAAAGAGGAUGAACCUCUUUAGAUUAAAAAACUAAAUAAAAAAAAUGAACAAAUAA